GCCAUGGCCCCAGCCACACGUCCUCUCCUGAGCGCAGCGCUGCUGUUGCUGCUGCUGUUGGCCACCAGCCACCAGGCUACAGGGGCGAUUGUGGUCACUGAGCUGCGCUGUCAGUGCCUGAAGACCAUACCAAGGAUUGAUUUCAAGAGCAUCCAGAGCUUGAAGGUGACGCCCCCAGGACCCCAAUGCACCCAGACUGAAGUCAUAGCCACUCUCAAGGAUGGUAAAGAAGUUUGUCUCGACCCUGAAGCCCCCUUGGUUCGGAAGAUCAUCCAAAAGAUACUGAACAAGUGA